CCGAACUGGGCAGAACCCGACAGAACCGCGAAUGAUCAAGCAAGUCUGUAGUUUAGGUUGGUUCCGACCCGCUUUAAGAGUCGGAACAAAUAAACUAAGAAAAGUUUGAUGGGGGAGGGGGUGACGCAGAUCAAAGGUUCCGAGCGUACAAGAAACUCAGGAGGGGUGGAGCCCCGCCGAACCGAGCCGCCCCUUCCCUUUCUCUCUCUCGGUUCCUCGGUGUCUGUCGCCUCAGUUACUUCACGGCUGCUCAGCAAACGGACUCGAACCGGAGACCAACUGUGUCCGCGCGCUCACCUGGCCAUCCAGCGCUGUCCCUGCGCGCGUGACCCCGCGCAGGACAGAAAGACGGAGGAGGAGCGGCGGCGGGGGCUCUCCUCCUCGCAUUUUCUGGCGAACAUGGAGAGGACUGGAAGUUUCCUGCUGCGCGCGAGCCUCUGUCUGCUGUCGCUGGGACUCACGGGCGCGCGAGCCCACACCUUUAAAGCCUGUCUGUCUGGCCAGUCCCCUGACUGUAUGCUGUUGCAGUCCAAAGACGACGACUUUGACUGGGAGAAGGGAGACUCUGGGGACUGGACCACCAGCUCCUGGAUUCCUGCAGGUUCCUCCUUUCUCUUUGUAAACACGUCCAGCCGGUACAGUGGGCAGCGCGCUCAACUCCUGCUGCCACCCCUCAAAGAGAAUGAUACGCACUGUCUCAGCUUCUUCUUCUACCAGGCUGGGGGCCGCGAAGGAAUUCCACCAGCAACCUUAAACGUCUAUGUCAAAGAGAACAAUAAUGCUCUGGGAGUUCCAGUUUUUAACUCUUCUGGUCCUGCCUACCACAUCUGGAAGGAGGUGGAGCUUGCUGUGUCCAUUUUUUGGCCCAAUCAGUACCAGCUGGUGCUGGAGGCGAUCAGCACAGGACAGAAAGGACUGUUGGCCAUCAAGGACAUCUCACUGCAGGGACAUCAGUGCAUGAGAACGCCACACUUCCUGCAUAUCAAAGGCGUGGAGGUGAACGCAGGUCAGACGGCCUCCUUCCAGUGUACCGUCAAUGGACGACCACAGAGCAGCGUGCUGCUGUACCUGCAGGGAAUGGGCAGCCGUCAAGCUGUUGUCAAGGAAACGAAACCAGUGAACUCUCGCCGAUAUGUGGCUUCCUUUGACGUGGAAAACACAACAAAGGGCGACUCUGGACGCUACCGCUGCAUUGCCCUAUCAGAGCGAGGUGUAGGUGUGUCCUCCUACGCUGAGCUCACAGUCAAACAGCCCCCAGUGCCGAUCGCCCCACCACAGCUGACAGCUGUUGGUGCCACUUACCUGUGGAUCCAGCUCAAUGCGAACUCCAUCAAUGGGGACGGACCCAUCAUUGAGAGAGAGGUGGAGUACCGGACUAUGGCAGGCACGCUAAUUGACACUACACCUGUGGAUAAGCCCACCCAUAAGAUUGGACACCUUGACCCUGACACUGAGUAUGAGAUCAGUGUCCUGCUCACCAGACCCCUGGAAGGAGGCACAGGAAACCCUGGACCUGUUCUCAGAGCCAGGACUAAGUGUGCGGAUCCUCUGCAUGGCCCGCGUCAGCUGGAGGUAGUUGACAUUCAGUCCAAACAGGUGACUGUUCGCUGGGAGCCAUUUGGAUACAACGUGACUCGUUGUCACAGGUACAACCUGACAGUGCAGUACCGCUACAGGCCUGCAGGGGGACCCAGCAGGGAGCCAGUGAAGGAGGAGGCUCGAGAAGAGGUGGUGUAUGACACUUUGAGCAGCGUGCACACCGUGCGUAACCUUCUGCCUUUCACCAACAUCAGCCUGAUGCUCGUCCUGAACAACCCUGAGGGCCACAAGGAGAGUCCAGAGCUUCUUGUGCUGACUGAUGAAGAUGUUCCCGGGGCCAUUCCUGUGGAAUCCAUCCAGGGCCGGAGCUAUGAGGAGCAGAUCAGUCUGAGCUGGAGGGAGCCUCUGCAGACCUAUGGCCUCAUCCGGCAGUACGAGAUUAACUACAAAGCCCUGAGCUCCUUCGACACCGACUUUGACUUGUCCAAUCAGAGCAGCAAGAUCUUCAAACUGGCCAAUGAGACGACUCACAUGUUUGGCGGCCUCUACCCAGGCUCCACCUAUUCCUUCACAAUAAGAGCGGCCACUGUGAAAGGCUUUGGCCCUCCAGUCAUCACACAGUUCACCACCAGGAUUUCAGCUCCGGUAAUGCCAGCUUACGAACAGGAUUCCCCUCAAAACCAGACUGAGACCACUGUGACGUUUCUGCUGAAACCCGCCAAGAGCCGUGGUGCUCCCAUCAGUAAGUACCAGGUGGUGGUUGAGGAGGAGCGCUCCCGCAGGCAGAGGAGGGGGACUGCUGAGAUCCUGCGCUGUUACCCAGUUCCUAUUCACUUCCAGAACGCCACGCUGCUCAACUCCCAGUACUACUUCAGUGCUGAGCUGCCGAUGAGUGAGCUGCAGGCCCCCAGGCCCUUCUGUGUUGGUGACAACAAGACCUACAGUGGUUACUGGAAUGCUGCACUGCUGCCUCACAAGAGUUAUGGGAUCUACUAUCAGGCUGUGAGCACGGCUAAUGGGGAGACGAAGAUCGACUGUGUGCGCGUGGCCACCAAAGCCGCCAUCAUCAUCACUCAGCUCACCACGCCGUACGUUGGCCUCGCCCCGGCAGCCGGCGACAAGCAGCUGACAGGAGCUGCAACCAGAAAACCAGAACCAGAACAGGAAAAGCAGUCGGACCACACGGUGAAAAUUGCUGGCUCCAUCGCCGGGCUCCUGCUCUUCGUCAUCAUCUUCCUCGGAGUCAUCCUUCUGAUGAAGAAACGACGAAGAAAUUAUCAUUCCUACUCUUACUACCUGAAACUGGCCAAAAAAAGGAAGGAAACGCUGAACUCCAGACAGGAAAUGACCUUGAUGGUCCACAGCUCCCAACACACAACUGUGGUGGACUCACACGCACUGAACGGACACGCUGUGUCGUCUCCGUCCUCCUUCACACUGAAGAGCAACACCAUCAGCACCACCGGCCCCACCUCUUACUACCCAGACCCUUUUGUACCGACCGCCAUUCUUGUGCCAAUUAAUGAUGACAGCCACACCAUGACCAGUGAGACCAGCAGUCUGGUCCAGUCCCACUACAAGCAGCGCGAGUCGGAGCGCGAGGCGCCGCCCUAUCAGACGGGACAGCUGCAUCCUGCCAUCCGAGUGGCCGACUUGCUGCAGCACAUCACGCAGAUGAAAUGUGCCGAAGGCUAUGGCUUCAAAGAGGAGUACGAGCUCAAUGAGGGGUUCUUUGAGGGACAGUCUGCUCCAUGGGAUUCAGCCAAAAGAGAUGAAAACCGCAUGAAGAAUCGAUACGGCAACAUCAUCGCUUAUGACCACUCACGUGUGCGUCUGCAGCAUCAGGAUGGCAACGGUGGUUCAGACUAUAUCAACGCUAACUACGUGGAUGGAUACCACAGACCCAACCACUACAUUGCCACUCAAGGUCCCAUGCAGGAGACGGCAUAUGACUUCUGGAAGAUGGUUUGGCAGGAGAACUCUGCAGCCAUUGUCAUGGUAACCAACCUGGUGGAGGUGGGCCGGGUAAAGUGCUGUAAGUAUUGGCCUGACGACUCUGAGAUCUAUGGAGACAUGAAGGUCACGCUGAUUGAGACGCAGCUGCUCUCAGAGUAUGUGAUCCGGACCUUUGCUGUGGAAAAGAGGGGUGUCGCCGAGAUCAGAGAAAUCCGACAGUUCCAUUUCACUGGCUGGCCCGACCACGGUGUGCCACUCCAUGCCACCGGCCUGCUGGGCUUCAUCCGGCAUGUGAAGGCCAAGACUCCACCCACUGCCGGCCCCACCGUGGUCCAUUGCAGUGCGGGAGCAGGACGCACAGGCUGCUUUAUUGUGAUUGACAUUAUGCUGGACAUGGCAGAGAGGGAGGGCGUGGUUGACAUCUACAACUGUGUCCGGGAACUGAGAGCACGGAGGGUCAACAUGGUCCAGACUGAGGAGCAGUACAUCUUCAUCCACGACGCCAUCCUGGAGGCAUGUCUGUGUGGGGACACAGCCAUUCCAGCCAAUCAGCUGCGAUCUGUUUACUAUGAGAUGAACCGCCUGGAUCCUCAGACCAACUCCUGCCAGAUCAAGGAAGAGUUUCGGACUCUGAACAUGGUCACACCCACUCUGCGGGUGGAAGAUUGCAGCAUCGCCUUGCUGCCCCGGAACCACGAGAAGAACCGCUGCAUGGACGUGCUGCCCCCAGACCGCUGCCUGCCAUUUCUCAUCACUAUUGAUGGAGAGAGCUCCAACUACAUCAAUGCUGCCCUUAUGGAUGUAGGUGACUCGUGUUUGCACGAGCAUUUGCACCAGGAGAGCUACAAGCAGCCCUCAGCCUUCAUCGUUACCCAGCAUCCAUUGCCAAACACAGUCAAAGAUUUCUGGCGUCUGGUUAUGGACUACAACUGCACGUCCAUCGUCAUGCUGAACGACGUAGACCCGGCCCAGCUGUGUCCUCAGUACUGGCCGGAGAACGGCCUUCAUCGUCUGGGCUCGCUGCAGGUGGAGUUUGUGUCUGCAGAUCUGGAGGAAGACGUCAUCAGUCGCAUUUUCAGGAUCUACAACACAGCGCGGCCACAGGACGGGUACCGCAUGGUGCAGCAGUUCCAGUUCCUGGGCUGGCCCAUGUACCGCGACACGCCCGUGUCCAAGCGUUCCUUCCUCAAACUCAUCCACCAGGUGGACAAAUGGCAGGAGGAGUACGACGGCGGGGAGGGCCGGACCGUGGUCCACUGCUUGAACGGCGGGGGUCGCAGUGGCGUGUUCUGCAGCGUCACCAUCGUGUGUGAGAUGCUGCGGCAGCAGCGGUGCGUGGACUUGUUUCACGCCGUGAAGAUGCUCCGGAACAACAAACCAAACAUGGUGGACCUGCUGGAACAGUACAAGUUCUGCUAUGAAGUGGCACUGGAAUAUCUUAACCCGUCCUAGACGUUCAUCCAUCUCCUCUUCUUCAUCCUCUGGAGAAGCAGGGCCGCUGAUGAGUGUGACGAAGAGGAGGAGGCUGUUUCUGCGCAUGAACACACUGACAAACUCACAGUUUUCACUCUGUGGUCUUUUAUUUUUGUCCUGUUGUGUUGACCAGUUCUAUCUGAGAUGUUGGACUCUGUCGUGAUUUAAAAACUAUGUGAUCCAAGUUUUAGUCGGCCCCCUGAGGCCCCCCAGCUCUGACUGUUCAGACCUGCUUCAUUCCAUAAGCAAACUGUCUCCUUGCUGCUCCUCAUCAGGAUUUUAAGGCUUCCACUGAAAAACCAACCUGAGGCUCUGACAUUGCAAAGGUUUUCCUGGAAGCUCCAGCUGAUCUGCCCAAAUCCAGGGCGACCUCGCUGGCGGCCCAGAGGUCAUGUGCGUGUGCUUGGACCUCAGUUUGGAGCGUAGAGAAGGAACGGCAGCUUCUCUUUGCCAUGGCAACCAGACAAGCUCAGCUGCUGUGACUGCGGUCCUCCCUGGAGACCUUUACAGGCCAUGAAGGACUGGAGUGUUUCCAGGGCAACAACAAAAAGGAUGUAGUUUUAACCUCUGCUGAAGGCUUCUGUUCACCUGUUUUACAUGCUGGGAGGGGGGAAGUGUUGAUAAUGUACAUAGAACCUGAGGAAACAGGAAGAAGAAUAUUUCACUUGUUUCCAUGCUCAUUCUUUUGAAGCUCGCACAGACAAUCAGCACAAUCCUGCUGGUCGUCACAGCAUCUGUAAUGAGACUUAUUUAUGUGGUAUGAUUCAUAAAUAAAUACCUCUGUACACUC